AUGGACUCCACUGCUAUUGACGACUUUAUUUCAAGAGACGAUAUUGACGGCUUAAAGGGUUACUUAUCCAAGCUUUUCCCUAGCACCCCCGCCCACGACAAGGGAUCACUUGCCGUUGUUGACCAUUACAUAAAGAGCAACGAAAUUAAACGCUUGAGGGAUUACUUAUUCAGGCUUUGGCCUAAAACCCCCGCUUACGAAAGGGGAACACUUGCUGUUGUUGACUAUUAUAUAAAGUGCGGCGAUAUUGAAGGUUUGGAGGGAUACUUGCCCAGCCUUUCUCCUAGGCCCCAGCUCUACGAAGAGGCAGCACUCGUCGUUGUUAAGCAUUAUAUAAAGCGCGACGAUAUCGAGGGCUUACAAACUUACUUGGGCAACCUUUGCAUUGGACACCCCGCCCACGAAACCGGAGCCCUCGCCGUUAUUGACUAUUAUAUAAAGCGCAACGACAAGCAGGGUUUGCGUGACUACCAGAAAUCUCAUCUAUCCAGUCCUCAUGAGUCAUACAACGUGGCCAUGAGAUUUCUGGAAUGCAAAAACAAACCCGACGGCUCCUCAUCGGAUGAUAAGGACUUUGACGAUAAGACGAAUCGCCUUCAUGGCAUGAUCAAGACCACCCUGGAUGUGCACAGAGGCCGUGGAGCAAAAGGGCAACCCUACGUUGACAAAGCGACAAAGGAACUCAACGAUCAUCUAGCUACACGCGACAUCUCAGCGAUCAAAGCACCAAUUGUGUCUGACGAUGGAAGCAAUGGUCUCAUCAGCGGAAUUGAGGCUGCAUUAGAAGUACUGCGCAGCUAG